AACCUCCUUUUUUCCCCCUACCAUCAUUGCUUUGCGCCAUUGUUUUUUCACGUAAAUUUAAUCUUGAAAAAAGGCUGUUAAUAAUUGAAUUUCAUCAAUUUUUUCCUCUGGAACCCUAAAACCCUAAUAAAUCCCCAAAUCACAGCAAAAAUAAGAUAGAAAAAUUCAUUUGUAGUUCUAUUCCACUUCCAAUUCAUUUAAUUUUCAUCUAAAGAAAAUGCCUUUUUGUUCGCUUUUCUCCUUCAUUUACUUCGUCGAUCAUUGUUUCAGAAUUCGUUUUCUCUUUGAAAAGCGAAAGUUUUAAUUAUUUAAAAUUCGUAUCACGUUUAUUUCACUUUGUAUGAUUUGUAUACAGAAAAAAAAUGGAAUCAAGCUUGCUUCAAUGGGAAUCCGACCCCUUAUUCUCAGCCGCCGAAGUCGUUCAAGAUUCAGCUGACAGGAUGGAAUCGUUUUUUCGACUUCUUUUGCACGAAAAAACUCUUCUUCAAAGUGAUCUUCCUGACCCAAAGCUGCUUACUUCAAUUGGAUAUCAUACGCGUGAUCUCGCAACCGUACUCGAGACAGCGAAAUGGCAGUUGGAAGAUUUUGAAAGAGCAGUUAACUCAUCGGCUAGGAUGGACCAGUCUCACUCUAGGGAGCAUGUAAUUUCUAGACAUAAGCAGUUUAUUAUAGCCAUUAGAGGAGAGAUAAAUGAUGUUGAGAAAAGCUUGGAGGACAUGGAAUUGGGAAAUCCCAUGAAAAACUCCAAGUGGGGAAACUUGAAUCAACAAGAUAGAGAUGGCUUGGCAUUGUUUCUUUCUGGUGGGAAUCAUAAUGAACACGAUGUUGGUUUUGACCUGGAUCCAGUCUCAGCAUCAUGCUCAACAGAUGCUGGAAUUGUUGCAAAUGGAUGUGGAGAAAUUGAAGAAGUAAAUACAAACGGUGUUGCUUAUAGUAGCCAUUAUUAUGGUUCCAUGAAGGAGAAUAACUUAAGGAAGGUGGGUUCUCAUUAUUCUAUAAAAUUGGGAGUAGAUGCAGCUAAUUCUUGUAACGGUAACAGUCAAGAUAGAAGUUUGGAUUUAGAAGCUAGUGAAAGCAAACCUAAGAGCUCCUUGCAUGAGAAUAAGUUUAGAAGUUCUCCCAGCCAAAUUAAUCUCUUUAGGUUCUUCAAUAAUCUAUGGAGUAGGGUUCCUAGCAAUUAUACGAAGCGAUUGAAAGAUGGUGAAGAAGUGCAUACCCCUUUGCACAUUGAUACUUCUCUUGCGGCACAGGGUCAGCAUAUUGGGCUGAGUUCUGCACCUGGGGACAAUAGUGGGUUUCUGGUAAAGGUCAUGCACCUACGAAGGAGGCUUGGGGCAUGUGAUUCCAGAUUUGCUAGGUUUUCAUAUCUUUUUAAACUUAAUCGGCGAUCUGUUCAAAUGAUACUGACAAUUGUGUUUGCCUUCAUGCUUUUAGGUAUAUUGGUCUCCCAUGUCACUUGAAAACGGUUGUUUGCAAUUCGAGAAGAUCAUCAUUGCAUGCCUGAACAACAAUUCUUGGGAGUAUUUCGUCGAUUCGAUUGUUCUCGAAGGUUUCAUGUCAAACUGCUAGGAAGUGGCUAGUCGCUGCCGUUUGCUGAAGCAAGUCUGAGCAGCUUGCUAUUACAAAGUAGUCUCUGAGUUUGGUAAGCAAGCCUUGAGAUCUAUUCUCUGCAAUAGAGAACUAGCUGUAUCUGGUGUACUCUUAAGAGCAACUAAUCGGUGAAUUUAUUCUCUGCCAUUGAUAUACACUAUUGGGAUUAGAGGUGUAUUAUUCAUCUGCUUACUUUCUGAGUUUAAUAAUCGUUUUUAGCUGUGAUUCAACAGAUUUAGAUGUCUGUUCUGUUUAUUUAAUUGAUUCAGAGAAA